CGUUCUACCAUCUAUUUCCACUUCAAUCUCGAUCCCUUCAUGGUCCUACAUUCGUUGUCAGCUCUCGAGGUGAAACUGUCCUCGAUUCUGAGUCACUUGAACAACAGAGUCGAAUAGGUGAAUGCAAAUCGUGCCCAGUCACCGGGCCACAGCGCGAUGCCGCCCUCACCUCGCCUCCACGAACCGCGCACAAUAUAAACAAAUUUUCUUCUGUUGCCAAACCCUCCACAUCCACUAUCAACCGCACACAUAUUUUUCUUCACACCUCUCAAUCAUCCAGUCUGCAACUUCACCACCACCACCACCUCUCCACAAUGACAUUCACACAAGCCCGCAAGGCCAUGAACGAGGCUGUCGCGCGCCGCAAGGCUCUCGAAACGCGAGUAUACAUCUCUAGCCUGAGCGGCGACCACUCGCUCGAAGUAGGCCUCGCCUACUACUACCGCGGCCACUAUAUCUAUGCGGCUCCGACGGGCAAUCUGAUCGAGCCCAUUCCAUACAGCACCCGCAAGGGGAUAAUGCUGCAGGGUGUUGUGGACGACGGAGCGCCCAAGUACGACGUCAACGCCGAGGAACUGAGGAGCGAGGAGGACGUCGGCGCGCUUAGCAAGAGCGUUAAGGUGGAGGCCGCGGCCAAGGAGGCCGCAGACUCUGCGACCGAUAAGACGACUGUCGCCAUCGAAGGCCUACAAAUCUCCACCCGCGCACCCUCUCUCGCCCUGCGCCCUACGCCGCCCGCUGAGGACCUCCACAGGUCGCUCACGAGUUUCUCUGCGCUGCGCGACAGCGGGCGGAAGGCCUUCACGCCGUGCCACGGCGCGUCGUUCCUCGCUGCGUCUGCACCUGGAAGCCGUCUGGCGUCACGCUCCGCCUCUCCCUCGGGCUUGCGCCCAACUUCUCCUCAAGCCGGACUUUCUCACCUGGGACUCAGUCGAGGUCAAUCCUCUCCAUUCGGCGAUGGUAAUCUCGAAACUAAUUCGCCUGUAGAAGGCGGUCCAUCUCGCCCUGUUUCGACGACGGGGUACAUCUUUGGUCUUGGUGACCAUGCGUUGGCUGCUGAGGAUUUGCCUCGCCCGAUGGAGGUAAGGGUGGAGCCGUGCGCUCUCCACGGCGAAGACUGCGAUGGCGUGGCUGUCGAAUGGCCUUGCUUGACGGAGCGGAUGAGGCAGGAACGCGGUUUCGCGGAGGAGGUGCCGGUGAUCGAGCGUGCGGACAGGCAGAUGGUGGACUGGGCGGGAUUGUUGGAGGAGGCGAAGGUGAGUGCUGAGGGUGCAGAGUAGGGGGUUGAAGCGUUGACGACACCUUCACAACAACACCACACCCCGCCGAC